AUGACUACGCCAAAUCAGACAGAAAAAAAUGACGAUGAUUUCGGAGUUCCUAAAAGUCAAGAAGACAUUGAGAAAGGCCUCGAGUCUGUCGAGCUCUCACAGUUUUCGGAACAUGUGAUAGAAUAUGUUGCUGGCUACGUUUCCUCAUCAUGGGGAAACGUAGAAAAAAAGUUGUCGGGAGAAGAAGAAGUAUUUGAAGAAACGACUGAGGAGGAAGAAAUUGAUACCAGUACUGAGGAAGAUCCUGAUAAAGAGCAGCGCAAGUAUAAGCCGUACUUUGUAUCUGACUACAACAGGAGGGAGGCCCUGAGGACUCUAUCCUCGUUAAUUUUGUUGUUUUUGUCGAAUCAAAUAAUGAAAGAAGGCCAAUCGGCACGCGGGACAUGA